UCAAGAAGUUCCUACUAAUGUAAGAAGAAGAUUUUUUUUAUCUUAUGAUACCUCAUUUAUUGAUACAUCUGUAUGAUUUUUUAAAAAUCUGCUAAAUGUCUUAGCAUCGUUAUAGCACGUAUAGCUUACGGAGCAGGCUGCCGCUAAAUGGCUUAGCCCGCUAUUUAAAAUUAUGGAUGCAAGCUAAAUUGUUUAGUUAUCUUCUUCUUGCUUGCAGCCAAUUUCUUCUCAACUCCCGUGGUGGCUGGGAGCCUGGGACUACAAAAUAAUUGACCCAGAUUACCACCACAUUUUUUGGAGUAAAAGAAAAACUAGGCACUAAAGCAGCACUUGGCCUGACUAUGUGCAUUAGAUUCUCCAAUUAAAAAUGUGCAUUAGAAGAAAAAAAAUGGUUUAUCAGUUUUGUACGAAAGUAAAUAAUUUGGGACUAUGUGCAUUAGAUUCUCCAAUUAAAAAUGUGCAUUAGAAGAAAAAAAUGGUUUAUCAGUUUUGUACGAAAGUAAAUAAUUUGGGACUAUGUGCAUUAGAUUCUCCAAUUAAAAAUGUGCAUUAGAAGAAAAAAAAUGGUUUAUCAGUUUUGUACGAAAGUAAAUAAUUUGUUCAUCGCCAAAGGAAAAAUACAUAAAGUUGGCUGGCCAAGUGGACCUAAAGAAUAAGAAAGCCCAGUAACAGGCGCGUCGGGAACAACUGCUAGACUAUGAAUACGUAAUCCAUCUCGGAAGGCGUAAGCGGGUCCGUCGUUCGUUUGCCUCCUUCUCUUCGUUCGCCCUAAACCCCCCUCCCUCGCGCUCUCCUGCGCCACAGCUCUCCAUGGCCGCCAAGAAGAAGCUCGGCAAGUCGCUGGCGCCGGCGCCGACGAAGGCAAAGGAGAAGCAAGAGGAUGAUGAGGGGCUCUUCUCUUCGCGCUCCUUCGCCGACCUCGGCCUCCACCCGACGCUCUGCGCCCAUCUCCAAGAUAAGAUGGGCUUCCAAGCUCCAACGCGGAUCCAAGCUCAGGCGAUCCCUGUCGCCAUGUCAGGACAGCACUUGCUAGUGAAGGCAGCGACUGGUACCGGCAAGACUCUUGCGUACCUUGCACCAAUCGUUCACCUUCUCCAGAUGAGGGAGCCUCGUGUCGAGAGAACUCAUGGAACUUUUGCGUUGGUGAUUGUGCCAACGCGUGAGCUAUGCUUGCAGGUUUAUGGGAUCGCACAGCAGUUGGUGCAUCGUUUUCACUGGCUUGUCCCUGGGUAUGUAAUGGGCGGUGAGAGCAGAUCAAAAGAGAAAGCAAGACUGCGGAAAGGAAUAUCAAUUCUCAUUGCUACUCCUGGGCGCCUUCUGGACCACUUACAGCAUACUUCAUCAUUUGUUUAUUCAAAUUUGCGCUGGAUAGUUUUUGAUGAAGCUGACAGCAUUCUUGAACUUGGUUUUGGAAAAGCAGUUGAGGACAUACUAGGGCUCUUGGGUUCCAGGAAUGAUGCUUCUGACCAAAAUAAAAGCAAAUCAGACACUUUGCAAAGGCAAAACCUUCUCUUGUCAGCAACACUCAAUGAAAAGGUGAACCGAUUAGCUAACAUUAGUUUGAAGAACCCAGUGCUGAUUGGACUUGACGAACAAAAGAAGCCUUCGGAGAGAUCCAGUGCCCUAGGGAAGAAGCACACUUCACUAUUAUCUGAUGACGAGGAGGAAAUACUUGAAAAGCGCAAUGAUAUAGUGGAAUCUGCUGUUGAUGAUUUCAAGCUUCCUGCGCAAUUGGUACAAAGAUAUGUUAAAGUUUCAUGUGGUUCGAGGCUUGUGGUUCUUCUUACCAUUCUGAAAUCUCAAUUUGAAAGACAAGUGUCGCAGAAGGUUGUUGUUUUCUUGUCAACAUGCGACUCUGUGGAUUUCCACCACAAUGUACUCAGCCAGCUUGAGUGGAGCCGUGGCCUGCCACUGGAUACAGAUAAGAAGCAAAAGUUUCUUAACUGCAAAGUGUUCCGUUUACAUGGUAACAUGGACCAGGAUGACCGCAAGAAGUCAUAUUUAGGAUUCAGUUUGGAAAAAUCUGCAAUUCUUGUAUGCACUGAUGUCGCUGCUAGGGGCUUGGACAUUCCGAAAGUUAAAUGCAUCAUACAGUAUGAUUCACCUGGGGAGGCUUCUGAAUAUGUUCACAGGGUUGGAAGAACUGCAAGGAUUGGUGAAAAGGGGGAGGCCCUCCUGUUUCUCCAACCCGUUGAAAUCGACUACUUGAGAGAUUUAGAGCUACAUGGUGUAUCUCUGACAGAAUACCCCUUCCAAAAGGUUUUGGAUGGUUUCCCUGUGGAUGGACAGAAGCCUCUCAAGAGGAAGCCAAUAUCUUUGGAUAUGCAUCCAUGGAUACUGUCUGUACAGAGAACACUGGAAAAUUACGUCGCAUCUGAGGCCACAGCAAAUAAGCUCGCCAGGGAUGCCUUCUGUUCUUGGCUUCGUGCUUACACCGCCCAUCGAGGUGAACUGAAGAAGAUUUUUAUGGUGAAGAAACUCCAUCUGGGACAUGUUGCAAAAAGCUUUGGGUUGAAGGAGCAACCCUCGUUGGUCGGAAGGGCACACCAAGUGCAACUCAAGAAGCGGAAGAAAGAACAGAAACACGAAAGACCUACCAAAAGGAGAAAGCACCCUGCUAAGAAGUGAAAUUUUCAUGAAAUAAUUGUUUGCCACUCAGGACUUAAUGGUGGAUCUUGAUCCACUCCAGUUUUGUGGAACUGACAGCACAGACCCUGCGAGAAAAAUUACGCAGUGGCCAAAGAGCUAGACAAGGGCUAAUUUAUCGCAACAUCGUAGGAAUGGUUAUGUACCCUGAAAUGUAGCAACAGAUGUAUAAUAUUUGCUGUGGCGAGAAAGUGAUGAUCUCUUAUUGUAACAUUUGUUUAUCAAAAGCUCGUGUUUUUGUC